AAAGAAAAUCAGCAGUACUAGGAAGAGGGUAAAAAUCCUGAGAAGAGAAGCUUAACCGGAGUUGAUGAACAGCGACAAUUAAACAGCAAAUCAACAUCAAUUCACCGGAAUUUCUCAAAAUCCGACCCGCUAUAUAAGCGGAUUUAGCCUUCAAUUUACGAAUCCAAGUGAAGGGUUCUGCAAUUCAAUUACUCAUUCAUGGGUCGUCCUCCUACUCAUGGCGCCCCGUCUUUCCGCUUCUUCCCUGCCGAGGUUGCACAAAUGGAAGCUCUUUUACGAGAACAUGGUGGUCAUGUUCCAGCUAGAGAGGUUCUUAUGGCGCUUGCUGAUAGAUUCAGUAAUUCAUCGGAGCGAUCUGGAAAAAUCACAGUACAAAUGAAGCAGGUCUGGAACUGGUUCCAAAAUAGGCGUUAUGCCCUGAGGUCAAAAUUGGUCAAGGCACCUGGGAACCCGAAUAUGCCACCUAAUCCGCAGGCUGAAGUUACUCCAGUGAGAAAUGUACCCUCUGUUCCUCAACAGACAAUUGCACCAUCACCGUCAGGUCAUAAUGUGGCAAAAAAUACAACCGAAAAUCCUUUAAUGGAAUUUGAAGCCAAAUCUGCUAGGGAUGGGGCAUGGUAUGAUGUCCAAGCAUUUCAUUCUCAUAGAUAUCUUGAGACUGGUAAUCCCGAAGUUCUGAUCCGUUUUUCUGGAUUUGGGCCAGAAGAAGAUGAGUGGGUUAAUGUUCGCAAACAUGUUAGACAGAGGUCACUUCCAUGUGAAUCAUCAGAGUGUGUUGCAGUUCUUCCUGGGGAUCUCAUCCUCUGCUUUCAGGAAGGAAAAGAGCAAGCUCUUUACUUUGAUGCUCAUGUCCUUGAUGCUCAAAGGAGGAGACAUGAUGUAAGAGGCUGUCGCUGCAGGUUUCUGGUCCGUUACGAUCAUGAUCAGUCUGAGGAAAUUGUGCCCUUAAGAAAAGUAUGUCGUCGGCCAGAAACUGAUUACAGGUUGCAGGUGCUUCAUGCUGCCAAUGAAUCAGCAUCAGCAUCUGUUUCUGCAGACUCCAAAAAGGCUGUAGUUGACCCUGCUUCAAGCAGCUCAUUGAGGGUGACUAGUCAUAAUCCCAGUGCUUUUGUUGGAGUAUCUGCUCCUACUAUUAUGAGUGCAGGGGCUGGUGGUCCACAUCCAACUACAACUGCAACUCCAGUUCCAACUGUAGCACCUGCUCCAACUCCAGCAACUGGUCCUGCUUUAGCUUCAAUCCCAUCUCCUGCUCCUACUUCAAAUUCAGUUUCAACUCCAGCUCCAGCUUUGGCUAAUGCUUUAGCAUCAACUUCAGUUCCAGCUCCUGCUUUAGAUUCAACUUCUGUUGCUGUUUCUGCUGAGGCUGAGCGGGCUCCUGCUUUAAAUUCAACUUCAAUUGCAACUCUGGCUGCGGCUUCGGCUCCAGCCUUGGCUCCAGAUCUGGCUCAAGCUCCAGCUCCAGCUCCGGCUGCGGCUGCGGCUUUAAUCCCGGCUCCAACCCUUUCUCCAGAUCCAGCUGUAGCUUCAUCUUCCAUUCCAAUUUCUGCACCAUAUUCAUCUCCGAGUCUGACUUGUGCUUCAACUCUGUCUCCGAGUCUGGCUUGUGCUCCAAGUCCAUCUGUGAGUGCUACUGCUAUUCCGAUUUCUGUUCCAGAUUCUGCUUCGGCUCCACCUCCAGACCCAGUUCUAGUUACUACUCCAGCUCCAGUUCUGUUUUCUAUUCCAGCUGCAGCUCCAGAAUUGGGAAAGACUAAGAGUGGCAAUUUAAGAACUUCAGCUACUGAAGCUUUUGCUGAGAACAUUAUCAAUCCUGGUGCUGCUAGCGAGAUUGUAGAAGUCAAGAAGGAAGAGGGACAAAAUCUGGAAAGUUCUAUGUUUGCAGGAAGCAACAUCUCUCAGGGAGAAACAAGUGAUAAUCCUUCAAUAACAAUUCCUGGAUCAGAAAAACCUGGAGUAAUUGAACCGAUUGAACAGGCUAUGGCAGUGAGCACUGCAACAACCGGUAGUAGUCCAAUUGUUUCAAGUCUUUCAACGAAGGCAGAGAGUAGCAAUCAGGCUGUGUCGGCUGAGGAUACAAAGGAAUGAAACAUGGAAUGUAGCUUAGGUUAAAUUAGUUCCUAAUUUCUUAUCUUGUUUUUAGACCCAUUAUUUCUUGCUUCAUCUGCUCAGCUGCUCUUUUGACUGCUGCAGUAUUUGACAGUUGUAGUGUAUUUUAAUACUUCAUAUAGAAAUCAACUCUAUAACUAUCGCAA